CCGGGGCUGCCCGGCCACCGAGGGGAGGAGCGGCGGCGGCAGCUGCGGCGACAUGAACACAACAGGGGUGGCGGCCGGGCAGCCGCCCCCCAGCUCGGAGACCCCGAGCUCCCGGGGCGCACAGCGCCCGCGCCAUCGCUCGUCCGCGGCCCUCCACCUCCUGGGGCAGCAGGCCGCGCACCUCGGGCUCGGCGAGGCGCAGAAGCGGGUACUGGACCUGGAGAAGAGCCUGCAGUUCCUGCAGCAGCAGCACUCCGAGACGCUAGUCAAACUCCACGAGGAGAUUGAUCACCUGAAGCGGGAGAACAAGGAUCUCCAUUACAAGCUAAUAAUGAAUCAGAAGUCACAUAGGAGAGGUAGCAUCACCAAUUCCAGCUUUCAGUCCAUCAAGCCCAUUCCAAACUCAGUGAUGUCAGCCAACUCUCAAAACAAGGCCAGGCCUCAGCUCAGCUCCAAGAAGCAAGACUCAAAAACUGAUGCUCCCCAGAAGACGGACCUGGACGAGAAGACUCUGGCUGCUGCCCUGCUUCACAGCAGCAAGUUGGACAAAGCCCCCGGGGCACAGAGGCCCUCCAAAGAUGAAGUGGAGACCUUUAAUUCAGAGGCCACCUCGGUGGCAGGCAGCCAGCACAAGAGCAAGCAGGUGAUGGGGGUGCCCCGCCUGAUGAACCUGCCCCCCCACUUGCGCAAACCCACCUCACUUCAGCAGUGUGAAGUGGUCAUCCGCCAGCUGUGGAAUGCCAACCUCCUGCAGGCCCAAGAGGUGAGGCUCGGGUGGUGGGGCGCAGCCCUGGCGGCUCUGCAGCCUUGGCCGCCAUGCCUUCUCCCUGUCUUGCAGCUGCAGCAUCUCAAGUCUCUCCUGGAAAGGACCCAGAGGUCAUCGCAGGCUGGCUCCGAGGAGGCUGACCCGGCUUCUCCUAAUGACCAGGAAGCUAUGCAGCUCCCCAAGGUCCCCAGCAAGGGCGUCUCGAGGAAAUGCCUGAUCCUGAGCCCCAUUCCUGUGUCGGAGCGCGCCAUCCUGCCCGCACUGAAGCAGACCCUGAAGAACAACUUUGCUGAGCGGCAGAAGAGGCUGCAGGUGGUGCAGAGCCGGCGGCUGCACCGCUCCGUGCUCUGAGUGCCUGCCCCGCGCAGCCCGCACUGUGGUCCCGCCAGGCCCAGAUCACAGCUGGGGACACUCACCCUCUCUAGGCAGCAUCCCAGAAAAACUCCACAUAAACCAAACUCACGGCAGAUAAAGUCCUUGGUCUGAGAACUGAAAAACGUUUAUUUUCUUGCUCAGUAUUUUGCUAUUCUGCAUUUACACAAGAACGUGUUAGAAGUAUUACUUCACCUGUUGAAGAAUAAAGCUUGUUUCUCCCA